AUGAACAAUAUUCGCCAAUCAAAUGAACUAUAAUUUAUUAAGAGAAAGUCACCUUAUAUAUUAUAGGAAGCACCACAGAAGCUUGUCAAAAUAUCAAUCAUGUCUUAAACUUAAUUUAAAGACUUUCUUGAAUCUUUAUCACUCAAUUUCACCCAACUUUGUCAUAAUCUACAAUAAAUGAUCACUCUAUAUCAUGUUCAAAUAUUUCAUGAAAAUGAUGAUGAUUUGCUCCUUACUAACAGUGAUACUGAUGCAUUUACUAAAUUCUAAUAAGACUGGCUAAUUAAAACCAUCUGUAAAGUUGGAGUCAAUCAUCAAUUCUGGCCUGAAAUUGCACAAGUCUUAAAUAAAUCUCUUUAAGAAGUUAAAGCCUUUUGGAUAAAUCUAUAAGAUAAUUGGACAAAUGAAUAAGACAAUAAGUUGACUCAAUUACGAAAUUAAUAGCUAAAUUGGCUAGAAAUAGCAUUGAGGCUUGAUAAGAACAAAACAAAUUGUAAACAUAGAUGGAAUAAUGUACUAGAUCCUAAUUUAUGCAAAACUCCUUUCACUAUUUAAGAUGACAUUCUAUUACUCCAAAAAGCUAUUUAAUUAAACUUCGAUUGGAAGAAAAUAUAAAAGAUUAUAUAACCAAAAAGGAGUCAAGCAGAUCUCAUUUCUAGAUUUAUCAAAUUAUAAUCUUAAUAUAACAAUAUUGAUAAUCUCAUCUAAAGAGUUCAAUUUACAAUUGCUCAACUCCCUAAAUAUGAUAAAAAUUCAAUGCGGAUUCUACCUCAAUAAUCAAAAAAAAUUUAAAAGACUGUUGUGGAAUAUGAAACACUUUCCAUUCUAGAUCUUAAUUUAUUUGAUGCAAUGUCACUAUAAUUCUGUCUAGUAAAACAUGAUUAGAUAUUUUUUGUUACUCUUGAAUACAUGCAAUAGUUAGUUAAUUUGAAGUUAAAUUAAAGAAAACUAUUACAAUUUAUGAAAUGA